AUGGAGAGAAUACAAAAUAUUUUGUUUCUCUUACUGAUACUCUCAAUAAAUUUUUCAUGUUCAUAUUCCGCCUAUAACAAUAGUAUAACGUAUACAGAGUCGAUAUCAGAUUUUAUAAUUAACGAUCAAGAUGCUACAUCUUACCCUGACGGGACAGUAUUACUGCAUCUCCUACCAAGCGCAACUUUUAAUCUAACGAAAAUAUCAUUACGAUUGGUUUUUCCAAAUGGAACUGUACGAGCGACGGAUAUAGAAGUGGGAUUUCUUGGGAAUUAUAAUAAUAGUCGGACGUAUGUUUAUGCGUUGACGGAGAAUAAUAUAUUUAUUACGUAUGUUACGGAUACACCCACAGAAAUCGGAUAUAAAUGCGCGAUCAUUGCAAAUUGGAACGGAGAAAUCACUUUUGGUCCCUUUGAUUUAGUUAAGUCUACCGUUAUUGGUUAUUAUCAAUACUUUGUACUUAACGUUAAUCCCUCCAAAGGAUUUUUAUGGGCACAAAUUUCUGAAACUAAUGUCGUAUGGUUCCAGUUCACUGCACCUGAUCAGAAAGGUCAGAUUUCUCUUGUGAAGACAAAUGUUAUCACAUCACCUCCAGGGACAAACUUUAGUCGAGCAAAAGCAUUUCCUACAGUAGAUGGAAACUACGGAAUAGCAUUUACCGCGAAAAGCAAUAAAAAACAAAUUUAUAAUGCUGAUAAUUCCACCAUUCCUUUAUCACCAAUAUGGCUCACAUAUACGACCUUUUUGAAAGAUAAUCAAAUGUUUUUGGUUUACCAGACGGUUAUGAAUUUGUCUGAGUUGUCAAUAUGUGAUUGCAGUGCACAUUAUGAUUCGAGCGGGUAUACAUGCAUAUUACUAGGACAGACCCAGAAUGCAACUACGCAAGGAGUAGAAUCAGCGUUUUUGAAGGUCGAUUUCUAUUCAACAGGCUCAAUUUUGGCUAUUGAACAAUUUAAUAUCGAAGGAGAGCAUAGUUUUGCAGUAAACCAAUCAUGGAUUUACAAAAUUCGUCCAUUAUAUUACGGUGGCUACAUCAUAAUAAGUUUGAAUAUUACUGCUGAGAAACUCACUGGCCUCAUUUACAGUCCCAACUCGACAUAUGUUAAUAAUUGGAAACUUGGUGAUAUGCCAUUAGAUACGUUUGUUGCUCAAGGGAUUCUGCCAAAUAAUACUAUAUGGUUGUCGUAUCAACAUUUGGUGGAUAAUAGCAGUUGGUCAUUAAUUACGUGUGACAUCCCGAAAAUGAUUGAAGACAAUCUUGGAUUCUACAAUCCAAAUGUCAUCGAAGUGUCACCUCACAACAAAAGCGUAAACGUCGGUUGGUCAGAUCGAAUAUCUCUUACAUAUCGAUACCCAGUUGUAUUGGCUUCCGCGAAUAUAUCAAUCUAUCAGUAUCGCGAAAACGCGACAGAUCUGCUACGUCAAACAAUCAGUGCCCAAACAAAUUUAUGUGAAGUGAGCCCAACUGAUCCAAAUAAAAUCACGUGCACGGUUCUAGCAACUACGUUUAGUCUCCCGAAUACAAAAUAUUAUGUUGUGGUCGAAAAUAAUUUUGUCAAAACUGCUUUGAAAGAUGAGCCGUUAUAUGGAAUCAAGCCUUAUUUAUGGAACCUUACAACAGAUCCAGUUGAAUUUGAUACGGUAUAUGUUGAUUACGCUGUGUCAUUAGUAAGAUUGUCGCGCGAGGGCUCAACUAUGUUCCUAAAUCUCAACCACUCUGAAAAGAUCGGAUUUUUUGACGGAAUAAAACACACGUUAACAGAAAUUUUGCCAAUUGAUUCUAAUCGGAUCGUUCCAAAGUACAAGUCACAAUCAGACCCAGACUCCAAUGAUCAACAGCUUUUACAAUUUGAGGUGUUGCCCGUUAAAGAUUUAAGAAAACCUAAUGUCAAAAAUAUUGUUUCGUCGGUUAACAUGUUGAUAAGUGACAAAUAUGUGACGGGGCUAGCAAAUGAUAAUUAUACGAAAUAUUUAGAUGAAACUUAUGGAUUCACAACGAUUCCAAAUUUAUGGGGAGAAAUUAGAUACAGAUUAAUUGGUGGACUUGUAGUAUCUGUAGCAUUAAUAGUAAUUUAUUUUAUCGCACGCCGAAAAAACAAAGAUGUGAGUCAAGUCAACUUUGCAAAGAAUAUGAUAAUAUUCAGAGUUGUGCUUUCAAUUGUCGAUUUAACAUUUGACACUCUUUUCGUAAUAAACAACUCAAGCGACGUUCCGAGUCUCUUCUUACCGAGCAUGUUCUUUUACAUAUUUCCAUUUGUCAUGAAUUUCUCCUGGGGCUACAUUAUUCUACUCAGACAAACGCGUAAAUACGAAGAAUUCUCUAAAUGGCUCGAAGAGCACACAAAAAUCGCGACAUUCUUUACAUUAUUAGGUGGUUCUAGUAUAGAAGUUAUUGGUAUUUUAUCGUCACAUAUUUUUGGGCUGGAAUGGUUCAAUGCGCCGUUUCAAGGCGAAGCGGAUAAUUUGAUACUGUUGGGCGCGGCUCUUGAUAUCUUAAUUGAAGAUAUUCCACAACUUAUAAUUCAGAUUAUGUACAAAACCUCAACUGUAUCAUACAGUAUUAUCCCGCUCUCAACACUUAUCGUCACUUCCAUAGUGUUGGGCUUCAAUAUACUUGCACGCACAUACGACACGAUAAUAGUGUGUCGCGGGUAUAAUCGUUAUCGGAAAACGGACUUCGAAACGCCCAAGUCGGCUGGCAAUUCAAUGACUCGUAUUCCUUUAUAG